CGCAGAAUUCCAAGAAUGCUCCAUGAAGACCUUUCUGGACACCGGGCUCCCCUUCCUCUCCUCCGCCUCGCCCCUCCCGAUCUUAGAAUUCGUCUCCCGGCGUAACAGCCUAGCAAAAGCCUUGCUCCGAGAUAGGGUAGAUGCGUUUAUUGUAGAACCAGGCUACACAUUCAAAUACUAUGCCAAUAUCUCGCAGCCCGACUGGGAAGUAUGGGAGCCGGAAGAGCGGCCCUUCCUCAUGAUCGUGCAGCCCAUCAACUCAAGCACCGGAGAAAUUACUGCUACGACUAGGUUCCUAGCACCGAGUUUUGAGGUCGAGAGAGCAAGGUUGUUGGGUAUGCCUUUCGAAGAAGAGGUUGAGUUCAUUGCCUGGCAAGAACACUGGAAUCCCUAUUCAACACUAUUGCAAAAUUGGGACGCCUCCUCUCCCUCUCACGCUCACACUAUACCAAACCCAAAGGUGAUGGUCGACGACGAAAUGAGGGAUUUCAUCCAACGCGGCCUUUCCCUCUCCGGCUUCAAUGUCGUGGGACUAGGAGGCGAAGUAGAGAAAGUGAAGCAGACGAAAACCCCCCGAGAAAUCGAGCUCAUUCGGGCCGUUAACACAGGGACUGUUGAAGCCCUCCGUGCAAUGAGAAAAUGUAUGUAUCCCGGCUUGACAGAGAACGAGGUCAUGAACGUAUUGGAUGAUACCCUUCGAGCCGCUGGGCUGGAGCCUUUUUUUGAUAUCGUGCUUUUUGAUGAAGAUGCUUCCAACCCCCACGGCGGCACAGAGGGGAGCAAAGUGCUGGAAGCAGAGACAUUCGUGCUCAUCGACGUUGGCGCCCAUCUACACGGCUACUCCUCCGACAUCUGCCGGACUUUCUUCCCACCCUUCUUUCCUGAACCCUCUUCUAUCUCUUAUCUUUCACCAGCCACCGAGGAAAAAUUAGCAGUCUGGGACAUCGUCCUCGAAGCACAGACACAAUCCAUGCAUGCCCUCAAGCCCAGAAACACAGCCGCAUCCGUCGACAUCGCUGCAAGAGUUGUAAUUGAGAAAGCGGGGUAUGGGGACGCUUUUACACACCGGGUAGGUCACGGGAUAGGAAUCAAAGCUCAUGAAAGUCCUUACCUCAAUAAGGGGAAUGUAAAUGUAACACUGAGCGCGGGAAUGACGUUCACGAGUGAGCCAGGUGUGUACCUAGUAGGGAAGUUUGGGGUAAGACAUGAAGAUAUCUUGUUAGUAAAAGAGGAAGGGGAGCCGGAGGUUUUGACAGGGCGACGGGCUACUGGGCCGUGGGAUCCUUGA